UUCUAAAGUAUUCACUUCAGCAGUUAGCACCUGAAUGCAUUCUGUUCGUUUUUUACAAGUGGUUGCACGUUCUUGACUUUCCUCUAUUCAUUUCAAAGGACGCUCGAAAAUUCUCCUGUGAAAACAUUGCCUCUCAGCAACAUGUAUUUACACCUUCAUCGCAGCAGUAAUCUACUGCUCUGCUCUCUGUUUCUACUCAUGUGUGUGCGAACGUCAUAUCUUAUGAACUAUCCAAUUUAUCCUUGUACUUCAAACGAACCAACAAAAUGGGUAAGACACUCCGAAAACUGUAACAAGUUUUACUUCUGCUUUUUCGGUCAACCGAUACCAAUGCCAGAGUGUCCAUCACAUCAUGUAUGGUCUAUGGCUAGUUCAACCUGUGUCCACGUCAAUUCAUCUUUUGACGACUGUCAGCAAAUGCCAAUCAAGAAGAAUUUAUCAUGCUCAAACUAUAAUGGGCUCAUACCGUAUAAUGAGAACUGCAACUGGUAUUACAACUGCAGCUCAGACGAUCCAGAUUUAAUUCGUAAAUGCCCUUUCCCUCAACUUUUUAAUGAUGUACAAUUAAAAUGUGAUGACAUCCCAAAUGUCAACUGUGGUAACCGUUUCGAACCUUUUGAUAGAUGUGAUUAUUCUGGUUACUCUUGUCAGCGUGCUCACUGCAUACCUUGCAUAAGAGACAGUUCCUGUCUGGGCCAGCCUGAUGGAAAUUACACGCGAGAAAGAACAUUUCCUUCUGGAUCAUAUAUUACCUGCUAUCUAGAAAGACUCAUUGCUUACCAUAGUUGCUCAGGACAACUUUUAUUUUCACCUAGUGAAAAUAAGUGUGUUAGUUUCUUCAAUCUUCGGAAAGAAGAAGGUGGAAUGAGACCUGACUGUAGAUUUCGUGCUGAUGGAUAUUACCCUGAUGAAAUAGGCCGCUGUGACCAUUACUUCCAGUGUAACAACACUAAAUUUCAAGGUCACUCUUCAUGCAGUAGUGGAAUGACCUUCAAUCCUGUUUUAAAGACAUGUCAAUCACAAGAUCAAGUUUCUCCCCCAUGUGGAGUGGGUAAUCCACCCAGCUGUGUGGGGAGACAAGAUGGUUUAUAUGCUGACUUAGAUGGCCGUUGUACAUAUUAUUUUGUGUGCAACCAAUCUGCCUUCCAGGAGUUUCAUACUUGUUCUACUGAGCAAGCUUUCAACCCUUAUCUGCAUAGCUGUGUAAAGGGAAUCGAAUCACAAAUCAAACCAUGCGGUAUUCAAGACAACCCUUGUAAAAAUCGUUCGACUGGCUUUUAUCUUCAUAAUUCCUCAAGCUCCCAGUAUUAUGAAUGCCAUCAAGGAUUGUUUAUUUAUUUUGGAACAUGUCCAAAGGGUCAGACCUUCAGCAUUUCAUCAAAACUAUGUGAGAAUCUUUGUGUCAACAAAAAAGAUGGACGCUACAAAUCACCAGAAGCAGAAUGCUUUGGCUUCUAUGAAUGCAGUCAACAGAAGUUCCUUGGGUUGACUCAGUGUACUAAUCAACUGAAUGGAACACGAUUCAAUUCACUAAAUGGAACAUGUGACCAGCCACAAAAUGUAUGUCCACCAUGUGGUACCAAAUCGUUUGACUGCCCUUCAUACUAUGAAAGCACUACUAGUUUCAUAUAAUCUAGAUGAACAAAGAAUACAUAUUACCAAACAUUGGUAAUACACUGAAAAAGAAAUCUUUAUGACAGAUUCACUUUCAUGGUGGCAGUAGUAAAAGCCAUCACUUACGUUUGUGUUGUUUUCCUCUCUUAAAUUUUUACCUUUUAUCCCCUUUUUUUAAUUUUUGGAAAAUAUGUUUUGGCAUUUAACCUUUUUAUGUGUAAAUCUAAAGCAGACUUGGGAUCUUUUCUGUUUGGCAAUCACUUUCCAGUUUCUUCAAUUUUUGCUCCAAUUUGUUUCAUAUUUGGUAUAAUAAUGUAGUUUUGUAUGGUAAUCAUUGACAUGAAAUUCAUGUUUGCUAUAAAUCAGUAAGUAAAGAGUUAAUAACUUUAAAA